UACUCAAUAGUUUUCUCUCUCCCUUAUCUCUUUAUCACUUAGAUUCACCACACCCAUGCCCAUCCUCUUGCUCAAUAGUGUUCUCCUCCUACUCGUCUGAACUUAGCGCUCGUGCUUGCUGGAUUGCUGCCAUUGAUCUCAUCCCAUUCACCGGUCUGCUCCAAGAAGUCUACUCGGAAAAGUGAUUGAUUCACCCAUGGCCAUUGGGGAGAUCAUUUUGGGUUCCUUCUUUCAGACCUUGUUUGACAAGUUGAGUUCUUUGGCAUCAGACUAUGUGCAACGGGAAGGAAUUGACACCACCAUCCUUGAUGAUUGGAAGAGGAUACUAGUCACAAUCAAUGCAGUGGUGGAUGAUGCAGAGGAAAAGCAACUUAGCGGUAAUUGUCUAGUGAAGCUGUGGCUCGAUGAUGUUAGGGACUUGGCCUUUGACAUAGAAGACUUGCUCGAUGAGUUCGACAUCAAAGCCACUCAAGUUAAGUUGGAGGUAGAAUCCAGAACAAGUAGAGGUCAAUGGAAAAGGAAGUUCUUUUCUUUUACACGACCGGGCUCACUCGUGUCUGACACUAAGGUCCAAGAUAUCAAUGGUAGGUUUGAAGCGAUUGUCAAAAGGAGGGAUUAUCUAAGUUUGAGAGACAAUGUUGUGGAUAGAUCCAACUACGGCAACAAAAGGGAUCCCACUAGUUCUCUGCCGGAGCCUCGGUUUGUCGGCGGGGAGAAGGAAGAAAUGGAGAUACUCGAACUAUUGAUCCGUGAGGUCAAAAAUUCUGAUGCCACACUAAGCAUAGUCCCCAUAGUUGGGAUGGGCGGUGUUGGAAAGACGGCCUUGGCUCAGCGGCUAUAUAAUGAUGCCAAAGUGAAUAGUUGUUUUGAGAAGAAAGCAUGGGUUUGUGUGUCAGAUGUUUUCGAUGUCCUUGACAUAACAAAAACUAUUUUGCAGUCGAUCACUAGGUCGUCCGAUGAUGACAAAGAUCUUAACAAGCUUCAAGUUAAGUUGAAGGAUAAUCUAGCUGGGAAGAAGUUUCUUGUGGUUUUAGAUGAUAUAUGGAAUGAGAAGUAUGAAAAAUGGACCGCCCUCUUAAAGCCAUUUGAAGCGGGGGCUAGCGGAAGCAAGAUCAUCAUCACGACUCGCAACCUUAAUGUUGCUUCCAUAACAAGAGCUUCACCAUAUCAUUUGAGGGAAUUGUCCUUUGAUAAUUGUAUAAGCUUAUUGGCAUUUCAUGCUCUUGGAGCAACAAAUUUUGAGAGCCACCCGGCUUUUAAAAUACUAGGCAAGAAAAUAGCUGAAAGAUGUAAAGGUUUACCUUUGGCGGCAAAGAUGUUGGGCGGUGUCCUACGUACUAAAAGUGAUCCUAAUGAGUGGGAAGAUACCUUAAAUAACAAAAUAUGGGAUCUUCUGAUGGCAGAGAAUGAUGAGGUUCUCCCAAUUUUAAAAUUGAGCUAUGUCCAUCUUCCUUCCUAUCUAAAGAGAUGUUUUGCUUAUUGUGCGGUAUUUCCCAAGGAUUACGAAAUUGAGAGGGAUGAGUUGAUACUCUUAUGGAUAGCAGAGGGACUUUUAGAUGGGCAAAAAGAAAAUGAGAAUAUCUUGAAAUUGGGACGGAAGCACUUUGACGAGUUAGUAUCCAAGUCAUUUCUUCAACAAUCAAGUAUCGAUGCAUCUAAGUUUUCAAUGCAUGAUCUUUUGAAUGAUCUAGCAAAGUCAAUUUUGGGUGGGACUUGCUUUAGCUAG